ACCUCCAGUCUCAUUCAUAGAUCCUUCACCACAUUUGUUGUUGGUGCGUUUGUUGCUCACGUGUGCACUUGUUCAAUUCUAUUGCAUUUCUAUUUAAAUUCUUCUUUCCUUUAUACUAAUCUCGUGCAUUAAUUACAUCAUCAAUCUUUGAAUACAAAAUCAUGGAUCCCUAUAAUAUAGAUCAAUCAAAGAAAUACUACUAUAAGUAUUAUCCGAAAAUUAUAAAUAUUAUAAAAUCUAUAGUAAUAACAUUGGGUGUAAUAGGUUCUAUACUAUUUAUAACAUUUAAAUUCGGAAUACUAGAUUUAUCAAGUCCAAGUUUAUAUACUCCUGAUUUUUCAAAACACUCAUCAAUUCAAUAUUUUGAUUUGGAUAAUUAUCUAGGUUCUCCAAAUGGAUGGCAAUAUGAAGAACGGGUAUUAUUUUUAGUACCUUUAAGAGAUGCUUCUGCUCAUUUACCUAUGUUUUUUGGUCAUAUGAAAAAUUUAACAUAUCCUCAUAAUUUAAUUGAUUUGGCAUUUUUAGUAAGUGAUUCAUCCGAUGAUACUUUAGAAGCUUUAAAGAAAAAUUUACUAGAAAUUCAAAAUAGUAAAGAUACUUCCAUGAGAUUUGGAGAAAUUGAAAUUUUUGAAAAGGAUUUUGGUCAAGUUAUUGGUCAAGGUUUUUCAGAUAGACAUGGAUUUGCUGCUCAAGGUCCAAGAAGAAAAUUAAUGGCAAGAGCAAGAAAUUGGUUAUGGACUGUAGCUGUAAAACCUUAUCAUUCUUAUGUGUAUUGGAGAGAUGCAGAUGUUGAAACUGUGCCUCCAACUAUUUUGGAAGAUUUAAUGCAUCAUAAUAAAGAUGUCAUAGUUCCAAAUGUUUGGAGACCUUUACCUGAUUGGUUAGGUAAUCAACAACCAUAUGAUUUGAACUCAUGGCAAGAAUCUGAUGGUGGUUUACAAUUGGCUGAUACUUUGGAUGAAGAUGCAUGUAUUGUUGAAGGUUAUGUAGAAUAUCAAACCUGGAGGCCGCAUUUAGCCUAUCUUAGAGAUCCAUAUGGUGAUCCCGAAGUAGAAAUGGAUCUUGAUGGUAUUGGUGGGGUUUCUAUUUUAACUAAGGCUAAAGUAUUCCGUACAGGAUCCCAUUUCCCAGCAUUUUCAUUUGAAAAACAUGCCGAAACAGAAGCUUUUGGUAAAUUAAGUAAGAGAAUGGGUUAUUCAGUAGUUGGAUUACCUCAUUACGUAAUAUGGCAUAUUUAUGAACCUUCAAGUGAUGAUUUGAAACAUAUGGAAUGGAUGGCACUUGAAGAAUCUCGACAACAAGAAGAAGAAAAGAUUAAAAAAGUAUAUGAUAAAGUAUGGAAUAAAGCCUUUGAUGAUGUUCAAGAUGUAUGGUCUAAUGAACGUAAUAAAUUCUUAAAGAAUACAGAUAUGAGUAAAUUAAGACCUAUCCAUAUUGAUUGGACAGGAGUUGAUGAUUUUGAUAUCGAUAAGACUAAAAAGGGAGGUGUUCAUUUGGCAGAUUUCAAUCCUUAAUAAGGAUUAAGGAUUAAAAAUAAUUAAUCUACAGUUACAGUAAAUAGUACAUACAAAUACGACAGUUCAUAAACUAUGUAUAAUUAUAUAACUACAAUUAACAGCAUAUUAUUCUGGAACUAACACUCGU